GGAGAAGCUUUUCCCCUCCGGGGGGCAGCGCGAGGGGACAGAGCAGCUGAUUGGGAAUUUAUGCAGUCGGAGAGCAGAGGGCAGACGCGGAAACGAGUGGCGUUUUGCGCUGCUCUCAUGGUUAAACAGCUACUCGAGGACCAGCCUUGUCCCGGCCAGCGUCCCUUCCAGGAAAGCUCUGCUUUUUGACCCUGAAAAUGGAUUUGCGUUUUAAUGACAAAGCUGUACCCAGUUUUGCCUGUGGACCAUGAUGUAUGGCCUGUGGUCUGUCAAGGGGGUUAGCAACAGAUAUUGGUCAACUGACCCAGUCCUUCUCAUCCAACAGAUAUUUUGCUGUACUUUGCUGGUAAUGCCCCUAUUUACACAUAAAUGUGAUGACUGAACAAGGAUGAUAUUGUGCUGGAUUAGCUGCAGAGUAUAGUCCUCGUAUAGAUCAGGUGUGUGACCAACUCUUUCCCUCUGUCUAUCCCAAAAUCUUACCCAGUAGCAUUGCAGUAUGGUCCUUCUAGGAGAAUCUCAUUCUCGGUCAAUUUCUUGGUCAUGGAGACUGGUGCCCUCACUGGUGUUAAGUGUUGCAAAACCCUGACCUUGAUAGCACAGUCAUGGAAUUAGUGACCUGAAGGAGUGUUGGUGGGCCCUGAUGUUGAUUUGAGGUGACUUGAUCCAUGGGUCAGGACAGCUGGGAGAGUUCCUCAUAAAGACUUUGGGUAUAGGAUGAGUUGGCCUGUUCAUCACUAACUGAAUGAGGGGUUAGGGUUAGGGGCAUAUAGGUUCCCUUUCAUGUGACUGACUUUUUGGAAGUCUUAUCCCGGCCUUGGUCACUGGGUGUCCAGUUCAACAUCCAGGCCUGCUGGGAUCGCUUGCAUCCACACCUGGCACCUGAAUACCCAGGUGUCUUACAGGGGGAGGCUGUAUAAGCGAUCCCGACCAGGGUGAAGACUGGGUGACGUGACGGUGAGGGGGGCCUCACGGAGCCAGCAUGGCUGAGCACGCGGAGCUCCUGGCAGAGAUGCCGGCAGUUGGCCGACUGACGGCCGGUGAGCGACUCAAGCAUGCUCAGAAGCGGCGCGCCCAACAACUGAAGGGCUGGGCACAGAUGGAGAAGGUCGCCCACAGUGACGCAGGACCCAAGGUGGGGCCGCAGGCCCACAACCGCAGGGUCACCUUCCCCAAUAACAUCACGCUGCUGGAGGCUGCUGCUCGCAAUGACCUGGAGGAGGUCAAGGAACUGCUUAGUAGUGGGGUGAGCCCAGACCUGUUCAAUGAGGACGGCCUCACAGCCUUGCACCAGUGCUGCAUCGACGACUUCGAGGAGCUGGUCCGCUGCCUGCUGGAGGCGGGCGCCAGCGUCAAUGCCUGCGACAGUGAACUCUGGACCCCUCUGCAUGCCGCCGCCACCUGCGGUCACACGCAACUGGUGCAGCUCCUCGUGCAGUCUGGCGCCGACCUGCUGGCAGUGAAUGCCGAUGGGAACAUGCCCUACGAUCUGUGCGAGGACGAGGCCACGCUGGAGCUUAUUGAAACGGUUAUGGCUGAGCAGGGCAUAACGCAGGAGCGCAUCGAUGAGUGUCGUGCGGCAAAGGAGAUGGAGAUGCUGGCAGACGUGAGGGACCUGGUCCUGAGUGGAACGGAACUCGGAACCAAGGACGACAAUGGCACUACGCUGAUGCAUAUCGCCGCUGCAAAUGGAUGGCAGUCGGUGGCGGAACUCCUGCUGGAACAGAAGGCACCAGUGGGCGAGAAGGAUUGUGAUGGCUGGACACCGCUGCAUGCCGCCGCCUGCUGGGGACAUAUGCAGAUGGUUGAACUGCUGGUGGCUCAUGGAGCCGACCUCCAUGCCAAGUCCAUCCUGGAGGAGACGCCUCUGGAUGUCUGUGCAGAUGAGGAGGUAAGGGCCAAGCUGCUGGAUCUGAAGCACAAGCAUGAUGCCAUCAUGAAGAGUCAGGACCGGCGCAAAGGCACCCUGCAGAGGAGGGCCUCCAGUGCGGGCAGCAGAGGGAAGGUGGUGCGACGGACAAGUGUGAACGAGCGCUCCAACCUGUACCGCCGCGAGCACCACAAAGAGGCAGUGGUCUGGCAGGAGCGUGGGCGAGAGGCGGAGCCAGCGGACGACGACGAGGACAGGCAGACGGACGCUGAGCUGGACCAGCACCUCGCUCUGGCUCCAGUGCUGAAUGCUGAGGAUGAGGAGGGUGGGGAGAGGAAAAGGGAGCCGCUGGGUAAUGGAGCGACGCCUCUGUCCUCGGUCUCGUUGCCGGGGGAGUUACACGAGGGCAGCCGCAUGGAGCGCAGCGCCUCCUACCAGCUGGCCCCUGGUGGCGGUGAGGCUGACAGCAUGACGCGGGAGAAGGCCCACCACACACUGGCUGAGCUCAAACGCCAGCGUGCCGCUGCCAAGCUCCACAAGCAGCCGGCCCCGCCCCCGCCACUAGCCAUGCCCUCAGUGCCACCCCUGCCGGCAGAGGAAGAGGGAUUCGCGCCUGCUCUGCCCACACAGCAUGUUGUACCCAGCACCCCCCAGGAGGGGGCAGUCUACUUUACCCCUGCCAGUGGAGACCCACCACUGCUGAAGCUGAGAGCCCCAGAAGAGGAUGCUGCUGCCACAAAGGAGCCCUGCUGUAGACUGAUGUAGCUGCUGAAUACAUGAGCACACACACACACACACACACACACACACACACACACACACACACACACGGGCCACUGAAAGUCCAAGACUCACUGCUUCAGCACUUACCCUGCUGGGCAUUUCAUCACCUGUGUGUGUUUCUGUAUCUUCCUGUUAACCCGAUUUUUGGGCACUAUUUUCAUACCUCACCCCCAUUUUAUUUAAUUGGACAUUUUUCAAAUGAUCUGUCAAUCCAUUCCAUCCCGCAGCAGACCAGCACGGGCUUGUAUUUAGCACUAUGUGAGCGUUUGGUGGCAACCUGCAGAGCUGUGACCUGGAACGGUUGCUUUUACCCUGAAGUUUAUAACAUUCCAGACUUUCCUCCAGAGCUUUGCCCUGAGGAUGCCUCAUUGCUACCACCUGGUGGCCAUUCAGUGCAUUUACUUCUGAUUUGGAUGAGAAGCAGCACUUUACCCCUAACAAAAUGUAAACGGUGUAACAAAUGAGCAAUGUGACUGUCUUUUUUGGUCUUUCCUUUGGCCUUUUUUUAAUCUACGGACGUGCACUGACGCCCAUCACAGACUGAGGUCUUCCUGUAAACCGCGGGUGCUCUUGUUUUUUCACAGGUUCCAUUUUUUUCUCCGUUAUACAGAUUUAAUACAGCUUAAAACAACUGUUUAUUUUUAAGAAUGAAAGCUUAUGAUCCAUUGCUUGUUAAAUAGUGAUUAAUGGUUCACAUUGUACCAGGAAGAUCACAUGCCUUAGUUCCACUGAGAGUAGACCAUCCCUGUAGUUCCUGUGUUCCCACAAUUCCUGAAGCAUGAAGGAGUUAAUACCAUGGGCACACAGGUUAUGAUUCACUACCUUAUGAUGGGGUUCGCCCUCUGUGCGCUAAUGCACCACUCCUGGGCAGGGUAGGUUAUAGCUUAGGUUAAAUCUGUUUUUGGUGCGUGACUGAGAGAUGCUUUGCUUGGGGUGGUAUUUACACACUGGAUCGGUAUGCGAAGCAGACACUCUGGAAGAAUAUGACGAGGCCUUAAUUUAUUUAUGUAUUUAUUCGUUGAUUUAGUCCCAAAUACAUUUGCUGUAUAUACUAGUAGAUUUGCAUGCAUUGCAGGGCCUGGGGUGAGACAUAUUUCUCCAGUGAAGUGGAUGCCUGGCUUGCAGGUGCACCUUGGAAUGAGACGACUGGCUGGAAAUAUUCAGCACAAACAAAAGGUUGCCUUUUUAAUAACUGAUCAUGUGACUCUGGCUCCUUGGUUUAAUCGCCCCCACAGAGAGCCCUAAUUCCCUUUGUCAGGCAGGCUUAAUGACAUUCCUUCACACGUCAUCCUUACCCUUUUUCGUGCCUCCACACCUUCCGCUUUUCUUGCUAUUCCAGCCAGCCGCUGGCUGUCAGCUGACCUCCUCCCAGCACCCAGGACCUAAAUCUGAUGUCAUUCUGUUUGAAGCCAAUGUUUAUGUGAUUCCAGAUUAAAGAUUUAUUAUAAAGUU